AUGCCCGCUGUGGUGGCGGAAACAGCAAUGGUACAGGUAGCAUCAGAGGAGCUACAGCGAGACGACAGCAAUGGCUGGAAGGGAAAAGGGCCAGAGCCACAAACAAGAGCCAGGCCACGACAGAGGCAUGGUGGUAGUGGCCAUGAGGGCACCAGGAGACAGGCCACGACAAGCAGCAGCAGCAGCAGCAGGGAUGAAGUUAUUCGCAAGCGACUUUUGAUUGAUGGAGAUGGUGCCGGUGAUGACAGAAGAAUUAAUUUGUUAGUGAAGAGCUUCAUCAAAUGGUGCAACUCCGGAUCUCAGGAAGAAGGCUACACACAGUACCAGCGCAUGCUGAGCACAUUGUCACAAUGUGAAUUUUCCAUGGGAAAAACCUUACUUGUAUAUGAUAUGAAUCUCAGAGAAAUGGACAACUAUGAAAAAAUCUACAAAGAUAUAGAAAAUAGCAUUGCUGCAGCACAUGAAAAAAUUGCUGAGUGCAAAAAGCAGAUUCUUCAGGCAAAAAGAAUACGAAAAAAUCGCCAAGAAUAUGAUGCUUUGGCUAAAGUAAUACAACAUCAUCCAGAUAGACAUGAAACUCUGAAGCAGCUAGAAGCUCUUGGAAAAGAACUGCAGCAUCUUUCACAUAUAAAAGAAAAUGUUGAAGAUAAACUGGAGUUGAGACGGAAGCAAUUUCAUGUUCUUCUGAGCACCAUCCAUGAACUUCAGCAAACACUGGAAAAUGAUGAGAAACUUUCAGAAGCAGAAGAAUCUUCAGACACUCCAAUGAAAGCAGAAGAUAAGCAAUAGAACUUUUUUCCUGAACCUGAUGAAUAAUUAGCAGUCUAGAUUUUGUUCCCCUGCAAACUAAAUCAUGUUUCCAUGGGAGUCAGUUUGUCUGGAUGUUUGAAAUAUUUUUGUACAAUAUUUUGAACUGCAAAAUAAAGUAAUUUACUCUUGGGUUUCUAA